UCCCUCUGCGGACACGCUUCAGGAAGCAGCUAUGGCUAAAGGGAUAGGGGUCCAGCAGGCCACACCGAGGCGAUGGACCUGCUCCUUCGCCGCUCUGUCACUGCUGUGCCUGGCUGUCCAAGCAGUCCAGAAGGCGGACCUCACUGGGGAUUCCACAGUGGCCACCAUCAACCACUCCCUCUCAUUGCUGCAGCGGCUGCAAGAGCUCCUGCAGAACGGCAAUGCCAGCGAUACCACCCUGCGGGUGCACACUGCAGGCUCGGACGAAAUCAAAGUCUUCCACACCCACCAGUUGAUGCUCAGCUUGCAAAGCGAGAUCUUCGAGAGCCUCCUGCACAACCAGACCAUGAUCUCUCUGCACGAGCCGCCUGACAGUGCAGCCCUUUUCGAAAAGUUCAUCAGAUAUCUGUACUGUGGUGAGAUCUCCAUCCUCCUCCACCAAGCCAUACCGCUUCACCGACUAGCCAGCAAAUAUCGCAUCUCUAGCUUGCAGAGAGGGGUAGCCGAAUACAUGAAAAGCCAUCUGGCCAGUGAGUCGAACCAGGGCCACGUGGUGGGCUGGUACCACUACGCAGUGAGGAUUGGCGACGAGGCUUUGCAGGAGAGCUGCCUCCAGUUCCUGGCCUGGAACCUCUCGGCUGUGAUGAGCAGCGCCGAGUGGGCCUCGGUGAGUGUCGAUCUCUUGCUGCUGUUGCUGGAACGAUCCGACCUGGUUCUGCAGAGCGAGUUGGAGCUGUACACAGCCGUCGAGGAGUGGGUGGCCACGCACCAGCCUGAGGACUAUGUCGUGGAGAAGAUGCUGAGGUCCCUGCGUUACCCUAUGAUCUCCCCCAGCCACCUUUUCCACUUGCAGAAGCAGUCUCUCGUGAUGGUGAAGCACUACCACGCGGUGCAAGACCUGCUCUUCCAAGCCUUCCAGUUCCACUCGGCCUCCCCGAUCCACUUUGCCAAAUACUUCGACGUCAACUGCAGCAUGUUCCUGCCCCGGAACUACCUCUCCACCUCCUGGGGUUCUCAGUGGGUGAUUAACAACCCGGCCAGGGAUGACCGCAGCACCAGUUUCCAGACUCAGCUGGGGCCCAGCAACCACGACUCUGCCAAGCGCGUGACUUGGAACGUUCUGUUCUCCCCACGUUGGCUCCCGGUCAGCUUGCGCCCCGUUUACUCAGACUCUGUCUCGGGGGCCAUCCAGUCGAUCAAGAUCGAGGACGGCCGCCCCCGCCUGGUUAUCACUCCGGCCACGACUAGCUCCGACUUUGCCGGAGUCAGUUUCCAAAAAACCAUCCUGGUUGGCAUGAAGCAGCAGGGCAAAGUCUUUGUCAAACAUGCCUACAGCUUCCACCAGAGCACAGACGAGGUGGCCGAUUUCCUGGUGCAUGCCGACUUACAGAAGCGCACCUCCGAAUACCUCAUCGACAACUCUCUGCACCUGCAUAUCAUCAUCAAGCCUGUCUACCAUUCGCUGAUCAAAAUCAAGAAGUAGAAGUAGUAGAAGAAGAAGAACCACAAGACAAGGCAGGGGACGAGAAUGACUGGAUUGUACUGAAGAACAGCAACGAAUCCAGUACAAAACUGGCUGGCACAGGCGAUGCAUCUUGUAAUCUAUGCAUGUAAUCGGGGCAUGUGGGCCCUGGGUGCUUCUUGCAUGAAAACAACUUCUGCAGCUGCAAACCUGGGGACUUUUUAAAAAGAUGGGAAAUUAAAACAUGUACGGUCUUGGGGUGGGGAAUUCCCUUAUCUCUGUUUUCAGAUGCUUAUAUUUAGCUCUCUUCUUCCAUCUUUGAAGGCUGCAAUCCUACAUAUGCUCACCUGGGAGCCAGUUGCACUGAACUUAAUGACUUACUUCUGAGUAGAUGUGAAUAGGAUUGCACUCUUAAGGAACUCAGGUAGAACUGGAGGAUCUCAGUGGUGCUUUUGAUUAGAUCGUUCUCCAAGACACCCCCUUAGCAAGAGCUUUGAUUUCCUAACUUGUUUAGAAUCCGCCUUCAUGUCUUGCCCAUGAAGUGGUGAUCCCGUGGAAUUGUUGUAGUUUGAGAUAUAUAGACAAACAACAACAACAACCCAGCAGUACACUGGUAGGUAAAAAGUCCUUGUUGUUGUUUAGUCGUUUAGUCGUGUCCGACUCUUCGUGACCCCAUGGAAAAAAGUCCUUAGAAUACUGUAAUAUUCAUAUGGGUUUCUUCUAGUCACCCUUAUUUGUUGAUCCAUCCAGCCUCUCACUAUUCCCUCUACUAGACUUGAUACCAGAUGAACGAGUUUGGUUCUUUGAAUUUCAGCUGCAAACAGACAACAGUUUUAAGCGUUAAAAGUGGCACCAUGGUCUUUGGUUCAUAUAUACAGGGUAGAUUAUACAUCCAUACCCUUAUUUUGUCUCAGUCCAAACCAGAGACACGUGAAUCCCAUCUCCUGCUGCUUUUGACUGGAUAUCCUAGCCAUAGAGUGGGUUUUUGCUGUCUCGCUGGUCAGGUAGGAAAGUUCAGCCUACUUUCUGAGUCCCUGAUUAGUGAAUUAAAUACAUACAAACAAACUGACCAGACCCCAUCAUACUUCCUUCUCUCCAUUUCAAUCUCUGCCUCCUGGCCCUUUGUCACAUGAUUUUUUCCCAAGGUAGGCAGAUUCCGGUAUACCAUCCCAAAAUAAUAGCAUCUUCACCUUUAAGAAGAAAAACAACAACAACAACAACAACAACAACAACAACAAAGGCUUUCCUGUUGGUUUUCUAAACUUUCUGUAAUAAGUGUAAUUAUUUGUUUGUAAAAUAAACGGGGCAAAAGCUGGUUUAGAACUGGAGGGGUUGGGUUGCAGAGUACAGGCUAGGUGGAAAAAUGGUGCUUGCGCUCUCUCUGCAGGUAAUGUCAACAGCCUUUUGAAUAGAUCAUCAGUUACAUAGAUUUCUAAAUAAAAAUCAGGAAAUGUAUUGUUGGGGAUGACUGUGUGGUGUUAUUUUUGAGGUGAAAAUGGUUUUUGACCAGUGUUCUGCUCAAAGAAGGAGUCUUCAUUGUCUUCUGUUCAAUCUUCCCAUUCAUGUCUUA